GUGAGGCUGAUGUGAAAGCCGGCAAGCCUUGCCCGAACGGGUAGCGAUCCCUUUAGCGCCUUCCUUGAAGCCUGGAGAUCUGGACACUGAACAACACGACUCUACGACGACAAGUGCCAGGCUUCUGCACACCACUCACCGUAUACCCUCUUUAAUAGAAAAGACCCAAACCCAAUUACCGCCAAGAUGACACGCGCACAACAGACUAUCAGCAUUGCGAUGCUCCUGACCUCCCUUUACCUCGCGGUAUUCAUGGAGCUCGUUUCUUUCCCUAGGAAGAUUCAGAAGGAGAUUGUUCCUGUGAUUCCUUUCUGGGCACUUAUCUCGUUCGGCGCAUACCUUCUCUUUAAGCUUGGCUGGGGAGUCUUCACCUUCAACGACGUACCUCAGGCGCACGCGGAAUUGAUGGCACAAAUCAAGGAGGCACGAGCAGACCUCCGGGCCCAGGGUGUCGACGUUGGUGCCGACGAUUAAGCAUCGAAUGAACGGUUGACGAUGUGGGCACACACACUUGCAUUGCAUUGGAGCAUACGGGGGGCUCAACGG